GAUUUACCACAGCUCACAGACCGCUGCAGCCACCGCCACUUCUAUUGUGAACCUGCUCCUCAGCCCAGAAGUGAUAUUACCUCAGGCACCAUGAGCGACCAGCUGACGUUCACCCUGGAGAACCGGGACCGGAUCCAGGCGGUGGAGAGCUCCUUCGGCCCGACGGGGAAGCCGCUGUUCCAGCCGGGCCGGGUUCUGAUCGGAGAGGGCCGCCUGCUGAAGCAGAGUCGCCGGGGGCCGCAGCCCAAGGCCUUCUUCCUCUUCAAUGACAUGCUGGUGUACGGCAGCAUCAUCCUCCACGGCCGCUGGCACAAGAACCAGAAGAUCAUUUCUCUAGAGGACAUCGAGCUGGAGGACAUGGAGGACGGCUUGACAAUGAGCAAUCAGUGGCUGAUUCGGACACCUAAAAAGUCGUUCUACGUGGCCGCCGCCUCGCCUGCUGAGAAACGGGCCUGGAUGGAGCACAUCGAGGAGUGCCGCUCCCAGCUGCUGCAGAGCGCAAGCCGGCGCCGAAGCUCCACCUUUGCCGUCACCUGGAUCCCGGACAGCGCCUCCGCCAUCUGUAUGCGCUGCUCCGGCAAGUUCAGCUUCACCCAUCGGCGACACCACUGCCGACACUGCGGCUUCGUGGUCUGCAAUUCCUGCUCCAAGGAGCGAGUGGUGCUGGAGCACAUCGACUGCACAAAGCCGCUGAGGGUGUGCAAGCUGUGUUACACCGGUCUCAUGAAGAAGGAGAACCGCCGGAGGGGUGGCAGCGAUGGGAAGAGCGGCUCGGACGAAGAAGACGCGGCUGCUCCGGAGCUGGAGCUGUCCAGCAACGAGGAGCCGAUGGAAAGCCACGCGCCCAGCCGCUGGGUGACCCCCGAGAUGGACAGCUGGUCGCCGUACGUCUACCUGAAACCAGAGCACAGGAAGCCCCUCACGACAUAAACGUGUGAAUGAGAGAGCAGCGAUCAG